GCUUUUCGGCGGGAAACGGGAACGGGACAGUUGCUUUCUUCAUUGAGUAAUCUAAAUAAUUAAUACGAAGUGGUGUUUUGUGGUUAAUGAUCGCAUUAAGUUAGUUGGAAGACAUUCGCGAGUGUUAUUAUAUUGGAGUAUUCAAUAAACAAAGUGUAUCUGCCUAUUUUCGCUUCGUGCCGGGAAGCCGCUUCAUAACUCAAAAGUUUAUGCGGACUUUUGAGUUAAUUCGUUUGGGGUUCGGAGUAGGAGUCUACUCCGAGGGUGGGGGCUUAGGUUUCAUCAUCAUCACCUUUCAUCAUUUCAUUAAUCAUCAAGAAAAAAAAUACGUCAGACAUGGCUGUAUGGGCAUAGUUCCCUUUGCCUUACCCUUCGGGGAAAACCAAAACAAAAAAAAAACUAUGAAGUGAAGUGAAAUUCAAAACAAAGCGCGUGAGUUUUGUAUAUUUGGUUCCCUUACAGCUAUUUGUGUUUAUUGCAGAAAAACGGCCAUAAAGAUUUUGAUAAUCUUCCUACUGAUACUUGUUUAACAUGAAUGAUGAAGAUAAAAAAGUUAAAUUCAAGAGUUUAAAAGAACAAAUAUCGAAAGGAACUUAUAGUGCUAUCAAAGGCAUGGGAUUUAAAUACAUGACUGAUAUUCAAAGUGAAGUGUUGCCCAGAGCUUUAGAUGGUGCGGAUAUAGUGGCUACGGCUAAAACUGGUUCUGGAAAGACCCUGGCGUUCUUAAUACCAGCUGUAGAAGUUGUUGUUAAAAGUAUGGAAAAUCAACAAUAUCCAGGCACUCUUUGCAUCAUAAUAUCUCCCACUCGAGAACUGGCAACCCAGUCAUAUUCUGUUCUUCAAGAUCUGAUUUCCUAUCAUGAGGGAAUGACGUCCACUUUGAUCAUUGGUGGAGAGAGUAGACAAAGACAGAGUGCUGAACUUUCUAAAGGUAUGCACAUAGUAGUUGCCACUCCGGGGAGGCUGUUUGAUCAUAUGAGGACAAAAGAGUUUGAUUACAAGAGUGUCUUAUGCCUUGUGUUGGAUGAAGCUGACAAAAUAUUCCAGUAUGGCUUUGAGGAAGAUGUGAAACAAAUUGUAAACAGACUUCCAAAAAAUAGGCAGACAAUGUUAUUUAGCGCGACACAGUCAGAGAGGACAGAUGCUCUGGUAAAAUCUGCCAUGAAAGAUAAUAUUCAAUCUAUCAAUACUGAUGAAGAUGACCUAAGGGCAACAGUUGAAGGUUUGAAACAGGGAUACAACUCAAAGAAAAAAAAAGCUGUAGUUUACUGUUGUAAAAGUUUUAUACUGGAGCAGUAUAACAAUCUAUUUAGGCAGUAUGUUAUUUGUGAAACCCAAUUUCGCCUGUGGUGGCUCGAUAAACUAUUGAAGAAGACGAAGAAUCAGAAAGUUAUGGUAUUCUUUUCAAGCUGCAAGUCUGUAGAGUUUCAUUAUGAAUUCUUUAGCAAAUAUUGUGGUGCUUCAGUAUUAUGUAUUCAUGGUAAAAUGAACCAAGCUGAAAGGACAUCAGUAAUAACAAACUUCUAUAAUGCUGAAAAAGUGGCUUUAUUUUGUACUGAUUUAGCUGCGAGAGGAUUGGACAUUCCCGCGGUGGAUUGGAUAGCUCAAUUCGACCCACCAGCAGAUACAAAUGAAUACAUUCAUAGAGUAGGUAGAACAGCCAGAGGUUUUGGUACCACCGGAAAUGCCGUGUUACUACUGCGACCAGAAGAGAAGGAAUUUGUAUCUUAUUUACAAGAAGCUAAGAUAUAUUUGGACAAAUACGAAAUGUGGGACAAGCUGUCCAAUUUGCAACCUAAGUUGGAUAAAGCAUUAGAAGAUCCUGAUUUCCAGAAACUAGCAAUAGAAGCUUUCGAAGGUUAUAUAAGGGCACUUGAAGUCAGGAAAUUGAAACAUGUGUUCAAUAUACUUACUAUGGACAUGGAUGCUUUAGCAAAAUCUUUUGGAUUGAAGGAAAAACCUGAAGUGGAUAUUCGCGUAGGAUUUAGCAAAAAGCACCGACCAAGAAAGAGGAUGGCAGCUAUGCUUGAAGCCCAAAAUGAAACAAAACACCGCAAGAUGUAAUAUAAUUAUGUAUAUACUUAUCAAUACGAAUCAUGUAAAUACUGUAAAUAAAACUAAUUCGUUACUUUGAAAAGUAAAUA